AGAAUUCAGAAUAGAUAUAACCAAAUCCACUUAACAAGAAGCAGCAGUAAUGCUUCAUGUGAAGAAGGAAGCUAAGCUUGAGGAAUCAAAACCAGAAUCUGAGGAAUUAAAACUUGAAUCAGAUAAGGAAACAAUCAUCAAGAAAGAAAGGGAAACUAUCUCACCAAAAUCAAAGGCAAAGCACAUUGACGCAACGAGCAUAGGUUCUACCAUCGGAAGCCCGUUGUUAGCCCACUUGACAGGACUCAAAGUUGAUACCGGGCCUGCAAUUAAGGGGGCGUGUUUGUUAAGUGGGAAAAUCCCACAUCGAGUGUGGGUUAAAUACAAGGAGGGCUACUCCACCUAUUGCCAAUUGGUUUUAGGUGGUGAACUCUGCAAAUACCCAGACCAUGAUGAAUGGAUACAAAGUUUCUCUCAUCUACAACCCUCAAAACUAGAAGAGCAUGUGUCUAUGCCUUCUCAGCAUCAACACAUCACAAACAUUGACAUUGAUGGUCUUGAGGACGAACAAACCAAUGUUAAUGCUAAUGCAACAAAUAUUUUGAACGAGGUGUCUGUAGAAGAGAAAAUCGAGAGAGAUAAUACUCAAUUUGAGAUAGUGCAUAAGACUCUCACUAACAACACUGCUCAGACUAUUGAUACCCCAACUCUUAGUUCUCAAGAAGAGGCAGAACCUCACCAAACCAAUGAGGUGUUCAACUCGGAACAAUCAUUUUCCACUUCUCAACCACCUCAUGAAGGUGAAUUAAGACAAGAUGGCAUGGCUUCUAGCUCAAGUUGUGCAGGGAUCCCACCUCCGCCACACAAUGCUACAUCAACUUCCACUCAUCCUAUGAUAACAAGAUCUCGAGCAGGGAAGCAUACUGGUCAUAUCAAAACUGAUUUUUCAAAACAUGGUUACACCAUGACCAUUGAUAUUUCUUCUUUGUCUAAUGCAAAUUUAGACGCUAAAGAACCAAAAACUGUGAGACAGGCAUUACAACUUCCACAGUGGGUCAAGGCAAUGCAAGAAGAGCUUGAGGCACUUCAUAAGAAUAACACCUGGACACUAGUUCCUCCACCUUCAUCCAAGGCAAACAUUGUGGGCUCAAAAUGGAUUUUUAAGACAAAACUCAAGCCAAAUGGGACUGUGGACAGAUUUAAGGCACGUGUUGCAUGAAAAAAUUUGGAAAUUGAUUUUUGUUUUAAUGUUGAGUUUCAUAGUAUGUAUGGAUUGAACUCUGAAGAAUGUGAGGAUUGAUUGAACUCUGAAGAAUGUGAGGAUUGAUUGAACUGCAGGGGAAGAAUUUAGGCAAGCUAAAGCCGUAUUGUUUGUUAGUUU